GGCGAAACAAGUGUACAUUUUAUUGAAGUGAAGAAUGGCGCACCACAUUUAAAUCCAGGUAACAAUGCUAAGAAUGGAAAUGUAUGGUUUGUAAAAGGGUUCUGUAGAUAAAAAUUUCGAGUGUGAAUUUUAUACAUUUGUUAAAUCAUGGAUAAUAAAAUAAAUGGAUAGGAAACUAGCUGACGUGACCUAAUGUUUUCAAUGGGCUGAUGGCGUGAUUGGAUGUUGAAACCUAGUUGCAAAAACGGCAUGUUUAGCAAUAAUACAGCUAAACAUUUUAGUCAAAGAGCAAAUGAAUAUAACUACGCCAUUCUACGAUGAAAUCUCUAAGUAUUCCCAGUCAAUUUUAGCAAAUAUUUCAAGCACUAUAAACAGUGAAAAAGGCAUUCCAAAUUUCGUUAAAAUUGGGGACGCCAAUUUCGUAGCUACAAAUGUUAAAAAGAUACAAAACAAAGACGAAAAACAUUUACCUUGAAUACUUUGUCGUGGCUUAGGCAUGUUUUUAAAACAAUUAGACCAGUUUAUGCUUCAAUAUUACUCUUUUAAAGCGGAAAGUAUAGCGAAACAACAAAAAUGCCGAGAACUUUGCAAUACGCGUGACGUCACAGAUUGCAACUAGUUUUUGCUUACGUCAGCUAGAGUCCUAUCCAUUUAUUUUAUUAUCCAUGGUUAAACCUAACCAGGAACAUUUGCAAAAAUACAACUGCAAUAGGCAUCCCUUACUGAAGAAGAACAUGCAUUUAUUGGAGAACAUAUACAUGCUGAAGUCAUGAAGAGUCGAGUCAGCCAACUAUACACACGUAAAAAUCUCACAACUUGUCAACAAGAUGUGUUCGCAACAGGCUUGUAGCAAGCUUGUCAACAAGUUGUAACAAUGCUGUUAAAUUAUCAAGUUGCUACAAGCUUGUCACUCACAACUUGUUGACAAAUUGUUGAACUGCAGGACGAUAACAAGUUGUUGGAACAACUUGUAACAGGUCUGUUGAACUCAACAACCUUGUAGGGAGUUGUCAACAAGCCGUUGACAACUUGUCAACAAGCUGGGAACAAAGUGCGAACACAUCCUGUUGUUGGGACAGCAUUGCUACAAGUCUGCUGCAGGUUUGUUACAACUUGUGCAUUUUUACAUGUGUACAGGAUAGGACUUUAUGGCGCCAUCACGUCUUGACUUCGCUUUUUCACUCAGACAUUUUGCAGGCACAUUUGCGAAUAACUCCUGCGAUCUCGGGCACAGAAAAAGUUAUCGACCCCUGCCUGACCGGACAAUACGCAAUGACCGGUCGUUAUUUCAAACCCUGCUGAUUGUCACACAACCACGUUAAACAAUGCGAAACUAUUUGUUUUAGUGACCACUCAUCGUCUCACAGAACAGAUGAAGGGAGCCACUUUGAUUCCCAAACUUGCAGUCAAUGUCAUGUCUUGUGAAGUUGUACGUCUCAUGGUUCUAACAAAAUCUUCCAUCAUGCCGUUACGUUACCAAGUACCAAGAAAGGUUGGAUUAUAGACUUUAUUUAUUAUUUUCAUUGGCUAAUUUGUUUAAACACCUGUUUACAUCUGCAAUUUUGGCUUGUUUUGAGUAUAUGUUCCCUCAACUGUACUUUCAUAACUCAUCCACUCGUUCACAUACAUCAGAAGACGAAAAUCGCACCUAAAAUUGCAGCACAAAAUUGCAAGUGUAAACGAGCCUUAAUUAAAGACCAUGCAAAGUCCGUUCUGCGCAGGCCUACAUAAGUUCCAAUGGUCGGGACCCGACCAUUGGAAUGCUAUUAAUAUUUCGCACCUUUCGCUCUUUCUUGAAUUGAAUCUCUAGUCUGUAUUCAUUUACGAGCAUAGCGAACCAGAAGAGUGUUAAAAAUUCAGUAUAAUAUAUAUCUAAUCAUAUUUUACAACUGAAGCACUGAGUUCAAAAUGUAAACAAAGCGUUAGUUUACAUUACGGAUUUUACAUGACCUUUAAGUAGUAGUAUAAAUGAGUGCAAUUUGGAAGAACACAUAAACGAGUGAGUUUUUUAUAGAUGAUCUAUAUAAUAUUGAAUAAAUAACAUUACUUUCGCAGAUUAUUAUUGCAAAUGUCAUUCCACAAAGGAAGACUUUGAUUAAGUAGUACUUCAAGUUGUAUAAUUAUUGUACAUCACAAUUGUUUUGCCUGAAAUCAAUCAAGUUUUUAUGUAAAUCUUCAGUCUUAUCGCGAACUCCAUGCUGAUCUGUUUCCCGAUACAUACAGCGAGGAACCCGCCAUGACGUCAGAGGAAUGGUUCCAGGGUGAAAAUAAAGAGGUAAUCAUUACCUAUAGCUGCUGGGUCGUGUACGAUAUUGUAUUAGCAGUUCGUGUGACAUAAAACUGACAAGGGGUGUAAAACACCAAGUGAUAUCUUGUUGUACAGUAUAUACGAAUUUUGGAUCAUAACACAUCUUACUAUUUUUAUUGCAGAGAUCAAAGAUAAGUUUAGAUCCAUCAAAAAGACCAGUAAGAGAAAAGAAGAAAGCUGCCGUUCCUGCAAAAGUCGAACCUCAGUCAGAAACAACUAAAACUGUCCAGGUACAAGUAUGUAGGUGAUCUUGUUAUAUAACUAGAGUGGACACCAAACGUGAUUGGCUGAUUUGUGGUCACGUGGCUUUAGAUAAAUGCGAUGUAUUCCGCCGGUUCUUUUAAUUUUAAACUCGUUUACACUGUUUCGUCGCUAUAUAACAAAACACUUAAUGUCUGUUCCCUCGGGAAAUAGUUAGUUUUGUUUCCACUCGAGUCUCAAUGUUUCCCGGAUAUUUACCGAGAUAUACGCCCGUAUUCUAAAAGCUCACUCACACUCAAUGAGUGGAGGUUCAAUCUGAGCUUUUCUUGAGUAUCAAUGCUGCUUUUGAAUAGCUGGAGGGUGAAUAGUCACAUAGUAAGGUACGACACUAACCCUCCGGCUGUUCAAAAACAGCAAUGACACUCGAGAGAAGUUCAGACUGAACCUCCACUCAUUGAGUGUGAGUGAGCUUUUAGAAUACGGGCGAUUGUCUCUCAAUGUCUUGGUGAAUAUCCUUGCACUAUUCACCUCUAUGUCGGCGAAUAAUUGUUAAUUAGCCGGGGAUUUUGACGGAACGAGAAUAACGUUUUAAUAUAUAAUAACAGACCACUAAUACAUAGUCAUAGUCAGUGGUGUUUCAUGCUGAAAAUAGCAGUUUUAACUUGUCCUGUUUAUCGAAGACAAAAUGUAAGACAUAGAGUUCUUAAUGUCAAUCAGCAAAACGUCACCUAGUGCGUGUGGGGAGGAGGAUUGGGGUGAGGAUAUUGUCUCAAUUGGUACUAGACUUUUUUCUCAACACUGUUAUUUUUAGAGUGAGAAAACUCCGCCGCCUAAAACUCCGCCGCCUAUGACGUCUCCUCCUGCGUCCAAAGAAGUUGAUACCCCCACAUCAUCAGCCACAUCUCAAACUAACACCCAACAAGACUCAGGCUCCUCCGAACCGUCAGCAACGUACAAAAGGCCACACAAAACCUUCUCAAACCUGUAUCAUUCAAAAUACCGUCACCUUAAGGGCUCACCAUUACACCGUAGUCAAUAUAUUGAGAACGUGAGGAACCUCAGCAAUUCGAUAUUCGGCGAAUGCGAUGGCUUUCAGAGCAACUCUAAACGUGCAGCAAUACCACUUGAAGGACCCGGAGGGAAAAUUGCAGUGAUCGAG